CCCUCCACUAUCCUAUUGCACGGUUCCCACUGCAGUUUCCUCUAGUAGUGCAUGCCUCCCCAUCCAUGUGCCUUACAGUACUUUGUCCUGCAUUCUCUCAGUGCAUUGCCUUGGAUGGUAUAAUAUGAAUGCUUCCCAGCAGCAGCCUACCAGAACACAACACAGUCUGUCACGUUAGACAUCUUUCAGUGGAUGUGAGGAGCAGAGAGCUGGGAAUCUUGCUCAACUACCCUUUCUAAUCCUGGUUUCCUCAGAGUCUAAGGCUCUGUCAUGUUGACCCUUGGAAUAUGCGAGUCUCUUGGUCUCAAUAUCCACCUUUUCCUCAUCUUCCUCAUCCUCCUAGGAUCCCACGCUGAAGAUGGCAAUAUCAAGCAGAGGCUGAUUCCAACAAGUGCAUCAGAACUGCUCCCCGUGGAUCUAGUCAGCAACAGAAUUGGGAAGGAGAAAUCCCAGCUUAAGGAUGUGGAAUCAAAAAGUGUCCCUAAUUCUGGGGAAGAGCUGUUUGACUCAGAUCCAGAAAGGGAAGCAUUGCUCCACAAGGAGAUGUUUCCAUCCCCAAGCUCUACUCCAGAUUUUGCUGAUAAUCAGACAUUACCAACUAGGAAAAAAACUCCAUCCUUAAAGCAGUUAAACAUAGCACGGAAGCGUCUGAGGCCACAACUCAUACCAACUGUCUCUGAAAAACUAUUAGAGUCCCAUGCCAACAGCCCAUCAUCAGCUUUAUCAUCAGACAAGUUUCCUGCAUUAAAGCAUGGAUCUAUAUCUUCUGAAAUCAGAGAGGUCAAGGAACACAUCCCAGAGAUUCCAUUGUGGAUAAACAGAAGACGGCACAGUGGUUUCAUCCCUCAACUCCCUUUCCAGUUGACUCCAUACACAUCACAACCUUCAAUCCCACACAAUCUGGAUUCUGUAAAGUUGUCAUUGCCUGAUAUAAAUACUUCACUACAAGCAGAUGAGCCCUUAAGGACACAUUAUACAGACAAUGAUUUGAACACAGAGGAAAACCAAGACACAACCACGUCUACAAUAAUAACAACCACAGUGAUCACUACUGAGCAGAGUCCAGUUCAAUGCAGUGUGAACUUCUUCGAGCCAGAAGGUUACAUCGAUUCAACAGAUUACCCACCACUACCAUUCCAAAGUUACAUGGAAUGUACUUACAAUAUCACAGUCUAUAUGGGCUAUGGCGUGGAGCUGCAGGUUAAAAGUGUUAACCUCUCUGAGGGUGAGCACCUGUCUAUUCGUGGCAUAGGCGAGGAUGGUCUUAUGGUCUUGGCAAAUGAAACUCUUCUGGUUGAAGGUCAGGUGAUCCGUAGUCCAACCAACAGCCUUUCAGUUUAUUUCAAAACCUUUCAAGAUGAUACAAUUGGGACUUUUCAGCUACAUUACCAAAUUUUCAUGCUGAGCUGCAGUUUUCCCCGAAGGCCAGAUUAUGGUGAUGUGACUGUCAUGGAUCUUCACGCUGGAGGGACAGCCCAUUUCCACUGUUAUAUGGGGUAUGAGUUGGAGGGCUCCAGAAACCUUACAUGUAUCAACGCUUCUAAACCCCGUUGGAGUGAUAAAGAGCCUGUCUGCAUAGCUCCAUGUGGAGGGAGAGUUCAGAAUGCCACUGUUGGCAGAGUGUUGUCCCCAAACUUCCCCAGCAACUACAGCAACAAUCUCUUUUGUGCAUGGACAAUAGAUGCUCCGAGAGGACAGAAACUGCACUUGCAUUUUGAGAAGUUCAUUUUGACGGAAAAAGACAGGUUGGCAGUGUACAGUAAUGGAAAGAUUCUCUUUGACUCUGCUAAGACGGAGACGGUACCGUUUGAAGGUCUGAUUAGUGAAGGGUCUUGCAUAAGGAUUGAAUUCUCUACAGAUGAGUCCAAAACAGCCCCUGGAUUCAAUGUUCGCUUUGAAGCCUUCGAAAGAGGACACUGCUAUGAACCAUACAUCCAAAAUGGCAACUUCACAACAACAGACCCCACCUACAGCAUGGGAGCAGUUGUUGAGUUCUCCUGUGACCCCGGUCACUCACUGGAACAAGGACCAGCGAUUAUAGAGUGUAUUAAUAUGAAGGAUCCUUACUGGAAUGAUACAGAACCUCUUUGCAGAGCAAUGUGUGGUGGUGAGCUCUCUACUCCAGCUGGCGUCAUUUUAUCACCAAACUGGCCGGAUCUAUACACAGAGGGUGAAGACUGUAUAUGGCGCAUCCAUGUGGGAGACGAUAGAAGAAUAUUCCUCGAUAUCCAGUUAUUGAAUUUGAGUAACAAUGAUAUUCUGACUAUAUAUGAUGGAGAUGAAAUCACAUCAAAGAUUUUAGGACAAUUUGUUGGAAGCAGCAGUCCUCAGAAGCUCUACUCAUCGUCUCCUGACCUCUCUAUUCAGUUUCAUUCUGAUCCCGCGGGAAUGAUCUUUGGGAAGGGACAAGGAUUCAUCUUAAAUUAUAUAGAAGUGUCCAGAAAUGACUCUUGUUCAGACCUACCUGAAAUUCAGAAUGGAUGGAAGACCACUUCUCACACAGAUCUUGUCCGAGGAGCCAGAAUUACAUACCAGUGUGAUCCAGGAUAUGACAUAGUGGGGAGUGAAACCUUAACCUGCCAAUGGGAUCUCAGUUGGAGCAGCGACCCACCAUUUUGUGAAAAAAUCAUGUACUGCACAGAUCCUGGGGAGGUGGAACACUCCACUCGUCUUAUUUCAGAUCCCGUCCUGCUAGUGGGAACAACUAUCCAGUACACAUGCAAUACAGGCUUUGUGCUUGAAGGAAGUUCUCUGCUGACAUGUUACAGCCGGGAGACAGGGACCCCUAUUUGGACAUCAAGAAUUCCACAUUGUGUUUCUGAAGAGACACUUGCUUGUGACAAUCCUGGACUACCUGAAAAUGGCUAUCAAAUACUCUACAAGAGACUCUAUCUUCCUGGUGAAUCGCUCACUUUUAUGUGUUAUGAAGGGUUUGAACUUAUGGGAGAAGUCACCAUCAAGUGCAUUCUUGGUCAACCAUCUCAAUGGAGUGGACCGCUUCCUGUAUGCAAAGCUACCCAAGACAGAUUUGAACAUGCUUUACAAGUGGCAGAAGCAGCUGCAGAAACCUCGUUAGAAGGCGGGAACAUGGCAUUAGCAAUAUUCAUUCCAGUUGUGAUUAUUUCUGUUCUGCUUGGAGGAGCCUAUAUUUAUAUUACACGAUGCAGAUACUAUUCCAGUCUUCGCCUUCCCCUUAUGUAUUCUCAUCCUUACAGCCAGAUAACAGUAGAGACAGAGUUUGACAAUCCAAUUUAUGAGACUGGGGAGACAAGAGAAUAUGAAGUUUCAAUAUAAAAGCAGAGGUUUCAAUAUGAAAGCAGGCGUCAGACACCUUCAUCCAAGAUGUCAGUUCUGAAAUACAGAAUUUCUCAGUACUUAAUCCAGAGACUAUGUGGAGUUGAAAUGAACCUUUUAGUCUAUUACUUGUAUUUCCUUUUGACUUUUUCUUGAAGAUUUCUGUCUCUGUAUUUAUAACAUUUAACUAGAUGUGGUUUGAGAAAAACAAUAGAUUAUGUUGCAGGGUACAGUAAGAAUUUAUGUCAGAGCAAUGACAGCUAUUGCUUCCAGGAUUAUAUUAACAAAGGACAGCGACAUUUCAGUUGUAAUAAAGUGAUAGCCCUCGGUCUCCUGCAGUUGGUUUCAAAUCUAAGCUAUCUGAGCCUUUAUUAGUUUGUGCUGUAAAACAAAAAUAAGUAGUAAGUACUGGCAAAAGAUAUUAGCAAUGUCUAUGGCGCCUGUAUUUCCUGCCAAUUUUUAUGCACUUUAUUGUAUAGCACAUAAAAGCGAGAGUUUAAAUGGACAGUUUUGGAGCUGCAAAUUGCGUACAUUCAUUUUUCCUGAGGGUAUUUGUCAAAACAGUGUCUGUGACCUGGCUAAUGCAGAACAAAUGGAGCAAGAUAAGAGCAAAUUCCUUUGUAAAUCAAAAUGUAACUUGGCCAGUUGUAGAACAUAAAUUUUGAAAGUUGCUAAGAUAUAUAAACUGAAAUUGCUCCUAGUUGUACAUUGUUUCUUGUGCAUUGCUUGGAAAUGCGUUUUCCAUAUUAAUGAGAAAAGAAAAACAGUUUAGAACAGCUUACGUAAAGAAAGGUAAUGCACUUUCAGCUUUGUAAUUUGGGUAAAGUUUUCUGUUUUCUAGACACAUUUUCAGCAUUUCUGUGUACAAUCUUUAUUGAAAUAUUUGCAAAUUUAUGAUAUUUUUGAAGACGUAAUGUGGUCCAAACAUACUUUUUUGGUUAAUUUUUUUCUAUCAGUCUUUUCUAGUUUCUUUGCUAACAGUUUUGUGUGCAAAUGAGAUAGAUUAGGCACCAGGUAUUCAAGUUUAAAGACAGGGUGAUCUAGGGGGUUCACUACGGC